AUGAAUAAUUCAGUCUAAAACAUACGAAGACCUGUAACAUCUUAAAACUACAGAUCGAUAGAUAAGUUAGGCAACAACAGCCAACAAAAACUACCAAAUUUAAGUGAUGUUAUGAACCUGAAAUUGAAGCAACAGAGUGAAAGAGAGUUACAGGAGCUGAUUCAAAAAUUGGUGAAGCAAGUUCAAUAACUCAAUUCAGCAGUCAUCUAAAAAGACAAAUAAAUUUAACAAUAUGAAUUCAUGAUUAAAUCUCUUUAAAUCGCGAUAGAAAAAAGAGAUUGCAUUAUUAGUGCAUUGAGAGUCGAGAAGCAAUAAAUAGUUGAGAUCGUGAAUCCAUUGAAACCUAUGGUAAAGACUGACGAUUCAUCAAGAACUCCUAGUUUGGGUCCUAAGAAAUCAAUGAGGACCAGAACAAAAGACACUAAUUUCGAUGAAAAUCUCUCUGCUAUCCUUGACUCUGACUAUGCCUUGCUAAGUUAAUAUGUAAAAUGUUAUGAAGAAUUAAAUCAUUUGACAUAGAUAAAGAAUUUAGUCUCCAAUGAAGAUUAGUUCUUUGCUAACAUUUAGAAAAUGGAAUUGAGCAACAUAGUUCACAUUUUCGAUGCAAUCUAAUUAGUCCUGUAAGAACACAAGUUAUUGUUCAAAAAUGUUAUCAAGCAAAAUAAACUAUUUGAAGCUUGUCUACAAAUAUAUGAACAAAUCCCUUUGAAUGACUAAUUAGAGAGCUUGCAGGGAUUAUUGAAAGACUCCCUAAAUUGUGAUAAGGUUUAGAUCUACGUACUCGACAGCGAACACUAAGAGUUAUGGACAAAAACUAAAGACAGAGUGUUAAGAAUAUAGGCAAAUGAAGAUAUCAUCGGAGUUUGCUUUUAAGAAAGGGGUUUAAUCAAUGUCCACAAUGCGUAUAACGAUCCUAGGUUCAAAAAAGAAAAUGAUAAAGGAUAUAAGACAAAUACUCUUCUUUUAUGUCCAAUUUUGGAUAAGUAAUAGAAUUCAAUUGGAGUUGUUAUGGCAAUCAAUAAACUCACUGGGCAUUUUAAUAAUGAUGAUCAAUUGUUCAUUUCCAAGACCUCAGAAAUGAUAUCCAUUUUAUUAAGAAAUCAUCAGCAAUCCAAUGAGUCUAUCAGUAUCCAGAAUGCUCUAAGAAAUGUGAUCUAAGCUUAACUUCAAUUAGUGUACAUGAAUGAUACAGAGCACAUCUUAUUUGAAGCUGAAAACCUAUUGAAGAAUUUGUUUCACACUUAAAAAGGCUUAGUUUAUGUGGUUAAUAAUAAUCGAUUACUAAGAGUGAACGAAAAGAAAUUAUUAGAAGUGUCAUAACUAGGAAUUGGAAUUGUUGGAGAAGCUCAUAAAGUCAAAGAGUUCUUGUGGGUUUAGAAUGCUUACAAUCACUAAUCAUUUAACAACUUAGUUGACAUUCAAACUACUAUGCCUAUCUACUGCAUUGAAGUCGAAGGGAAAAAUCAAUCGGUCAUUUUAUAAGUUAUAAACAACAAGGGGAUCAGGUCCUAGAAGGUCAGUUCAUUUGAUUAGGAAUUAUUAGAAAUGUUCGGAAAAAUUAUUUUAAGUAAAAUUGAUUUUAUAUAAUUAUGA